AUGUUUGAUCCUGAUUCCACUUAUUCAUAUAUGUCAUUAUACUUUGCUUCUUGUCUGUAUAUGCCUCGUGGUUCUCUUGAUGCUCCCGUGCAUGUGUCUACACCUAUUGGUGAUUCUCUUUUGGUGGAUCGAGUUUAUCGGUCUUGUGUGGUCACUGUCUAUGGUUUUGAUACUAAGGUGGACUUUCUAUUAUUAGAGGUGGUGGAUUUUGAUGUGAUAUUGGGUAUGGAUUGGUUAUGUCCAUACCAUGUUAUUCUAGAUUAUCACGCUAAGACUGUAAUGUUGGCGAUGCUAGGGUUGCUGAGGAUCAAGGUGGACUCGAAGAAGAUUGAGGCAGUGCAAAUUUCGCCCAGACCUUCUACCACUGCAGAGAUCAGGAGCUUUUUCGGUUUGGUUAGUUACUACCAUCGCUUCGUAGAGGCAUUUACAUCUACUACUGUGAAGAGCCCUCCAUUCAAGAGGACGGAUGUGUGUGAGGAGAUCUUUCAAAAGCUCAAGACAACUUUGACUACGACUCCAAUGUUGGUUUUGCCUUCAUGA